CCCCCAUUAGGAGCAUGGAAGAAUUCGAAUAUAAUAAAAUUAGAAACAUAAGUAAUAAAAAUGUCCCCGCUGGUAGUAAUGUUAGUACUAGUUUCCAGAGAAAGACUCGCAGUAAGUUAGUACAGAUCAGCGGCACUAAAGCUUCAGUUCAUACCGGCCAGCUCAUCGUUUCCACUGGAGUUCCAUCCCUCGAUUCUCUCCUCGGAGGUGGACUUGCUGUGGGAAGCCUCUUGCUCAUAGAGGAGGAUGAAUUUAACAGUUACUCUAAGGUGUUACUGCAGUACUUUUUGGCUGAAGGUGUAAUGAAUGGACAUGAACUCUACAUCGCCUCGGCUCAAGAUCACCCUGAUGACAUGAUACAGGAUCUUCCGUCUCCGAUUCGGGAUGAAGAUCCAGAGAGUAAAUCGCCGUUAUCCUCGAAUCCAGAUCAGACUGAUGCUAUGCAGAUUGCCUGGCGCUACCAGAACUUUCCGAAGGUCCAGACAACGCUCUCCUCUUCAUCUCGAUUUGGACAUUACUACGACCUCUCCAAUCGCAUGGAGCCUGAUCUUCUACAGUCCACCAAGAUCCACACGUUUUACCUGCACGAUGAGGAACCAGCGCCUACAGAACACAGUGCUGCACUUGGACAUUACUCGGCCUUACUGCACUCCAUACAGUCAGUCAUCAAAAGGAACGGCUUUGACGGAUCGAACCCACAGAUGAAGGUACGUAACGUGUUGCGUGUCGCUCUUCACUCGUUGGGUUCGGCGCUGUGGGGAGACGACGUGUGCUGUAGCUCCUCUCCCAGCCGUGGUCGUGCCCUCCUGACCUUUCUGUACGCCCUCCGUGCCUUGCUGCGCUCCUCCCUUUCUGUCGCCGUGGUCACCGUACCGGCUCACCUCAUUCAGAGUAAGUCACUUGUAGGGAGGAUGGUGAGGCUGAGUGAUACAGCCGUCGCUCUGCACUCGUUCACCGACUCCGAGAGAAAGAACAACCCGAUGUGUAAAGAUUAUCAUGGGCUCCUGAAGGUUCUGCAGGUUCCUCGGUUGAACUGUUUAGCGUGUGAGGUUCCUGAUACGAAAGAUCUGGCAUUCAGACUGAAGAGAAAACAGCUCACCAUUGAGCGCAUGGUUUUGCCUCCAGAUCUGUCGGACUCUGUGAGUCGGGUCAGUAAAGCUUCACCCUGCAGCUCUGAUCCGAACAAAAACCUCGACUUCUAAACCUUCAGCACUCUGACCCCCCCCCCCCCCCCCCCAACAAAAACACACACAAUAAAUACCCCCACACUCUCUGUUCUACCCUCCACCUCCAGAUUACCGUUCCCAUACUACCCCCUACCCACCCCCUACAAAGAUAAUCAAUCUUAACCCCUAUUCACCUCUUACCCAGCACCCCUGCUGUAAUUCUUCAGUUCUGAAUACACCCGCUACCCACCACCCCCGCAAACAUGCCCCAUUAUACCCCAAUCCAUCCAUACAUAGAUGCAUAAUCUCAAACCCUACUCACCUCUCUACCCACCCCCUAAAAUUAUGCCUCAUUUUACCCCCUACUUACCCCUGUACUCCAUCACACACACAAUGAUGCCCAUUAAAGUGCACAUCUAAGUGUCAGUUGUGUAAAAUGCUGCACUUCCAAUGUAGUGCAGCUAAUAAGGGGCUAUGCAAUGCAUUUUACAUUACAUGGCCAAAAGUAUGUGGACAAUCCUCUUAAUAAUUGAGUUUAGGGGUUUCAGACACCCAUUGCUAAUAGGUAUAAAAAUUAAUUAUAUAACAGUUUGGGAAAGGCCCUUUUCCAUGUGGUUUGGUGGUGUGGAUUUCCACUGGUCUACACAGAGCCCUAAGUUCAACCUCAUUAAGCUGUUUUGGGAUCGAUUAAAGUGCUGUUUGUAAGCCAGGACUUUAAAACACCAUUAAAUUAUCCUCAAAUAAUUAUUGUGUAAAUAAACAAAUAAAUAAAGGACGAUUUCUCUUCA